AUUUAGCUCUUGUCUAAUUUCCUUUGUCCUCCCUCUCCCCCCUACCGGUGGAGAUAAUCAACAAACAAAAGGAAACACAGAGCAAGAAAUUAAAAUAAAGAAGAGACCAAGAGAAAGCAACAAGUAAAGCAACUCAAGCAAAAAUCAAAGAAAGCAUUCAGCUUCGAAGAAAAUCUACAAACGAAGAAGAAAGAGCGAGUGAAAAAGCUUCUUACUUUGGCAGAAAUGGCUAGUCUGCACAGCUUCUCACUCCUCCUCCUGAUCUGCGCCUCAAUCUUGGUGGUGGGUUCGUCAAAUGGGGACCAGCACCACCUCACCUGGAUACCCACCGCCGACGCCAAGUCAGCCCCCUGCAAGGGCUCCAUAGCCGAGUGCGCCUUGGCUGCUGGGGAUGAUGGGGAGUUUGACAUGGACUCGGAGAUCAGCCGUCGCAUCUUAGCCACCACCAAGUACAUCAGCUACGGUGCGCUGCAGAGGAACACCGUGCCUUGCUCCAGGCGCGGCGCCUCCUACUACAAUUGCAAGCCCGGGGCCCAGGCCAACCCCUACAGCCGCGGCUGCAGCGCCAUCACAAGGUGCAGGAGUUAAAUUUCUUUUCUUUUUUUCGUUUUUUUUUUUUUUUUUUGUUUUUGUUUUGUUUUUGUUUUUGUUCUUGUUCUUGUUUUUGUUCAUUUGGAAAUGGGGUUUGAUUGUUAUACAUGAACAAAGGGAGAGAAAGAUGGGGUUUGGAUUUGGAGGUGAUGUGUCAUUGUUUUUGUUGUUAAUUAAUGGAAAUAUUGAUUUAUCAAAUCAUAUUUUGCAA